AUGCCCGCACCCCUCGCCAAGGCCACAUCGCGUGGCAACGCCUCCAUCCAGAGCCACCCGGCCGGCACUUCCGAAAAGGUGUCGCUUCCCACCACUGCAUCCACCUCCCAGCUCCAGCCCGUGCCUUCCUGGCCUCGUUCCAGCGCUUCGCCUCAGGAUGAACAGGCUUCCACCAAGGCCGGUCUCAAGGCUUGGUGGGCCUCCUUCACAAAGGGCCGCGCCAACAAGGAGAAGAAACCGCUGGACAACCGCGUCUUUGGUGUUCCGCUCCGCCAGUCUCUCAAAUACGCCAGCGUCGCCAUCUCGAUCGCCGGCGAAGACGGCCAGCAGUAUGUGUGGGGAUACGUGCCUGUCGUCGUUGCCAAAGUGGGCCUUUACCUCAAAGAGAACGCCACCGAGGUCGAGGGCGUCUUCCGCAUCGCUGGUUCCCAAAAACGCAUGAAGGAGCUACAGGAGACCUUUGACUCGCCGCCGCGCUACGGAAAGUCGGUCGACUGGACCAAGUACAGCGUGCAUGAUGCCGCCAGCGUGCUGCGCAGAUACUUCAACCACAUGCCCGAGCCCAUCGUCCCGCACGACCUCUACACCGAGUUCCGCAAUAUCCGCGCCAAGGAGAACUUUGACGAGGACGGCGCCAUUCGCACCUACCGGUUGCUCAUCUCUAGCAUGCCGCCUGCCAGCCAGUACUUGCUGCUCUACGUGCUCGACCUGUUGGCCGUGUUUGCGCGCAAGUCGGAAAAGAACCUCAUGCCAUCCAGCAACCUUGCCGUCAUCUUCCAGCCGGGCAUGUUCUCGCAUCCAUCGCAUGAACUCUCGCCGGGCGAACACAAGCUAGCCGUCCAGGUGCUCGAGUUCCUCAUCGACCACCAAGACCACUUCGUGCUGGGCAUGCAGCCCCAGCCUGCUUCGCAACUGCCUGCCGGCGAGCUCACGGCUGUGUCCAAGCCCGUCACAGACACAGACGUGCUGGUUCCCUCGGACAGCGACGAGGAGCAGGGUGAGUUGCACGUCCACGAAGGUGGGGGCGCACGCCUGAUGCGCAGCAAGACCACCAAGCCCAAGUCCAAACGAUACGGCCUCGGCUUCUCGCGCCGCACCCACGCCAACGACGUCACGAGCGAUGGCGAGGAGCUGCCCCCGCAGGACUCGGGUGCUUCGGGCAAGAGUCCGAACAACGAGGACCCGACGUCUCUGGCCAACCUUGCUGCGCCAGCGAAACCUGCCACGGGCCUUCGCCGCAGCCGCACGGCGCCUUCGCGCAAGCCUGCCGAGGGAGUAUCGCCGGCGCGCAAGGGACGUCGUCCGCGAGCGUCUGCGGGCGACAAGCGCGCGGCCGAGGAGGAGCAUCGCAGAAUCGUUGCAGCACUCAUCCCGCAGCCACCCGAGCCGCGCUCCCAGGCGAUGCAGAAGGCAGCCUCGAGUGCGGGCCAUGCGCAGUCGAGCGCUGCAAGUGCUGCCGCGCGAUCGUCGACCGAGACAGGUCUUGCGCCGCCAGCCUCGGCGCCGAUGCGCAAGGCGUUGUCGGCCGCGGAUGCAUCGAGCUCGCCCGAGCCAUCGGUCAAGGUGGCUGCUCCUGCCUCGGCGGGCCACGACACGUCGGGCCUUCCGACCCCGCCGCCGUCCAAGAUCAUGGCGUCCGACGCAUCUGCGUCUGCGCCUGCGUCUGCACCCAAGCAGAGCGGAUGA